GGAGGUCCUGAAUUGGUUGGAGGUGGUGUGAAAAGAGAUUUUUUAAUUUGUUUUUGUCUUGUGCGAGAUUUUCCCCAAUUCGAAAAUGACGUAUCAGAAGGGGAAUGGGGAAAAGAAGCAAGAUAUGGUAGCAGUUGCCAUUGAUAAAGAUAAAGGCAGCCAAGCUGCAUUGAAAUGGGCUGUUGAUCAUCUCUUGGGCAAAGGCAAAACUGUUGCCCUCCUCCAUGUCAAACAGAGGACCUCUUCUGCUCCACUGGGAAGUCACGUUGCUUUCUCUGACAAUGACGGCAAAGUUGCGGCCGAUCAAUUCAAGGAACUCUUCCUUCCUUUCCGUUGCUUCUGCACCCGCAAGGACAUACAAGUCAAUGAAGUUGUAAUUGAAGAUACUGACAUUGCAAGAGCCAUUUGUGACUAUGUCAAGAACAACACGAUCGAGACCUUAGUGGUCGGUUCCACAGUCAAGAAUGGAUUUGUUAGAAGAUUCAAGACUGUUGAUGUACCGGGGAGUGUUACCAAAGGGGCACCGGAUUUUUGUACAGUGUACGUCAUUUCCAAAGGGAAAGUCUCGACCGUUAGAUCGGCCGUAUCAUCACUUUCAAAAGAAGCUCCUCGUUCUUCGCAGAACGCUAGUAGUAAUCCUACUUCGGGUCAAAAUGAUGCACGUUAUAUGCAAGGCAAUGGAAUGCGAGGUACUUCUGCAACCCAGUAUUCAUCCAACUCCAAGUCCACACUGGAGGAGACAGAUUCAAUCAAGUCACCUUUUACUAGAGGCAACUGCAAAGCUUCAAACCGAUCCUACGGAGAACUUUCGAUGCCCGAUAAUAUGGAUAUAUCGUUUGUGAGCUCAGUGAGGCCAAGCAACGAGCGCAUGUUUCCAUCUUUAGAGCAGGAUAUGAUGAUGGCUCCUCGUCUUUCAAACAGUUCGGAUACCGAGAAUCGGUUGAGUUUCGGAUCUCCGUUUUCUAAUGCCAGGUCAUCAGAUGCAAAUAACAGCUUCGGAGUAUGCUCGUCCAGCUCACAGGAAAGUGGGAACUUUUCUUGGUCUGGUUCUCAAAGCCUGGAUGAUGUCGAAGCAGAGAUGAGAAGGCUUAAGCAGGAGCUCAAACAGACGAUGGAUAUGUAUAGCACGGCUUGCAGGGAAGCACUCACAGCUAAACAGAAAGCAUUGGAGCUUCAUCGAUGGAAAGUAGAAGAACAACAGAGGCUCGAGGAGGCUCGAUUAGCCGAAGAAGCAGCAUUGGCAAUUGCGGAAAAGGAGAAAGAGAAAUGCAGGGUUGCUAUUGAGAAAGCCGAAGCUGCUCAGAAAGUGGCUGAACUCGAGGCACAAAAGCGAAUCAGUGCCGAAAGGAAAGCACUCAAAGAAGCUGAGGAGAAGAAGAAGGUUCUUGAUAAGUUGGCACAAACCGAUCUUAGAUAUCGCAAAUACUCCAUAGAGGAAAUCGAAACAGCUACGGAGUACUUCACGGAGUCUCGUAAAAUCGGGGAGGGUGGAUAUGGGCCUGUUUAUAAGUGCAACUUAGAUCACACGCAGGUUGCGGUCAAGGUUCUUCGCCCCGAUGCAGCUCAAGGAAGGUCACAAUUUCAGCAAGAGGUCGAAGUUCUGAGUUGCAUACGACACCCGAACAUGGUCCUCCUCCUCGGAGCCUGCCCAGAGUACGGCUGCCUAGUCUACGAGUACAUGGCCAAUGGCAGCUUGGACGACCGCCUCUUCCGCAGAGGCAACACCCCGGUCCUCCCGUGGCAGCUCCGCUUCCGAAUCGCCGCCGAAAUCGGCACUGGCCUCCUCUUCCUCCACCAGACCAAGCCAGAGCCGCUAGUCCACCGCGACCUCAAACCAGGGAAUAUUCUCCUCGACCGCAACUUCGUCAGCAAAAUCAGUGACGUGGGCCUAGCCAGGCUGGUCCCGCCAUCUGUCGCCGAUACAGUCACACAGUACCGCAUGACUUCGACAGCUGGCACUUUCUGCUACAUCGACCCCGAAUACCAACAGACUGGAAUGCUUGGUAUUAAAUCGGAUGUUUAUUCGCUUGGAGUUAUGCUGCUUCAGAUAAUUACGGCUAAGUCACCCAUGGGGCUGACUCAUCACGUGGAGAGGUCGAUUGAGAAGGGGACUUUUGCGGAGAUGCUCGAUCCGGAGGUUACUGAUUGGCCGGUUGAGGAGGCGUUGGUCUUUGCCAAGAUGGCGCUUAAGUGUACUGAGUUGAGGCGGAAGGAUAGACCGGAUUUGGGACUUACAGUUUUGCCGGAGCUUAAUAGAUUGAGAGCUUUGGCUGAAGAGACUAUGCCUAGUUUUUCGAUGAAUAUGAGCUCUAUGACUUCAGGUGGUCAGACCACUUCCCAUUCUCAUGUGAUUGAAACGCCGAAGAUGUAUUCGGAUUAUAACGGUGGGAAGGUGCGAUCGAUGGCUGGAUAUAUAGCGGAGAGAAAUCCGAUGGGAAAUUAAUUCCUAAUGCAUUUUUGUUGGUUUGAAAAAUGAUUAUGUAUUUGGUUUUAUCUAUGACUGCUUCUUCUCAGGGAAUAGUUCAUUUUUAUCCUCUAUAUAUCUUUAGUUGGUGCCGUAACAUGUCCAUAUAUAUAUCUAUACUAUGUUUUGUUUGUAAUACAACAUUUGAUAAACAAGCAUAUCAUAUAAUGUGCUUGUAAUAAAUGUUAAUCUUUUCCUAUUAA